AUGCCUUCUCAGUCUAACCCAGGUGCUGUGGCCGCUAUGGUCACUGGAGCUGCGGUUGUUUUGGUUCCCGCCAUUAUCGCUAGUCCUGUGCUUGGCUUCUUGGGCUUUGGGGCUGCUGGUGUUCCCGCAGGUACUGCCGCUGCGGGAAUCCAGAGCGGCAUCGGUAGCGUUGCCGCUGGUAGCCUCUUCGCUACUCUGCAGUCUGUUGGUGCUGGAGGCUAUGGAGUUGCCGCUGUCCAUGGAGUUGUUCAAGCUGCUGAGGCGGUUGUUGGAGCUGGAGGUCUUGUUACUUGGUUCCGUGGUCAAGACGACGGAGAAGACGAUGCUGACGAAGACGAUCAGAACGACGACAAGAAGAAAGAAUCUGAAAAGGAUAACUCAACCAAGGAUGAGGAGUCAGAGUCGACCAAGUGA